GCUGAGCCCGUCGCGAUGGAUUUGGUGCAGCGCGGCUACUUGUCUCCGUGCGACCACACGUUCAAUUUCUGGAACGACUACCUGGGCUUGUCCACCCUGGUGGCCCCGCCGAGGCGGCCCCGGAGCCCCGACGCCAUCACGGAGUCCCCGAAAACCAGGCUGGCCUCGGACGACUCGCCCUACGAGCUCCGCGAGCGCAUCUCGCCGCUGCGUCGGCGGCCGCCGCUCGCCGGGGACGGGGACCGCGCGCUCGGCUGCCCGCCGAUGUGUGCGGAGGCUCCGGAGGCCCGCGGACGCUGCAAGCGGGCUCCGCGCGGCAAGCCCGACGCCAGGCUGUGCGUGUUUUGCCGCAAUAACGGCGCCCCGGAGGAGGUGUACGGCAGCCACAUUCUGAAGACGGCGGACGGCCGGGUGCUGUGCCCCGUCCUGCGGGCGUACACUUGCCCGCUGUGCGGCGCCAACGGGGACGGCGCGCACACCGUCAAGUACUGCCCGCUGGCCGCCUGCAGGGAGCCGCCCGGCGGGGGGCACGACGGGGUCGCGCCGGCCAGAGGAGGCAGGUCGCCGGGCGCCGGGCUCAAACUCUUCUCCUGAAUUCUCCGCCUGUCCGAGGAUUUGGGAGGUUAGAAACGAACUUUCGUGACGUUCCCAAACAUUCCCAAUCGCUAACAAGAGACAAGGGCAUCUCGUUUCUCUGAUUGGUUAUCCCAU